AUUUUGUAAGGCGAAGAAGGACACAAGCGAAGCCCCCACCAAAGAUGCAGCGGCCGGCAAGGCGGUGGCAGCAUCACUGGACAGUACCGGAGUUGGGCUUGGAGCUUCGGCCGCCAUAGCCGUGGUCAUGGAGGCGGCGGCAACGAGGACUGCACAUGCGAUCUUCUUCAUUUCCAUGGCGAACGAAGGCGUGAUCGGCAAGAAAACUCAAAGAAGUUUGAGAGUUGUUGCCGGAUCUUGCCUUUGUGUGUGUGUCCUUGAGGAGAUGAGGAUGGUGGUGAGAGGGAAUUUAUAG